AAAUUAUAAACACAUCAAAUCAGGACCACCCAACCAAGUCCAUAAUUCAAUGCCUGCUCCAGUUCUGUGUUUAUUUGUGGACAGAUCUGAUUUCCUUGGAGGAAAUCCCACUCUGAGGGACCUGACCCGGGAGCCAUCGAUCCAUAUCCCAACCCGUGGGCCACCAACCAACCAGCAGGAACUUCCACUGGCUGCAACCCUCCGUGACUGGGGCGUUGUGCAACACCUUCAGCAAACACUUCCUCAUGUGGGAACAAGAAUAAAGCCCGGGCAGUCGCUCCCUCUCAUUCUCAGCCCAGCCUGGGAACACGACAUUCCCGGGGCACGGACACCUCGACAUUCCCGGGGCACGGACACCCCACCGGAGCAGCCCAGCUGGGAGCAUGAAAACACUCCUCCUUCCUGCCCUUUUCCUGCUUUUUCUCCACCAAGGGAGCACGAGCAGGGAGUUACCUGGAGUGGAGAGCUAUGAAAUAGUUUAUCCACGGAAGCUGCGCUCGGUGCAGAGAAGGAGCGCGGGAAGGAACACCCAGACCAAAUAUGUUGACAAGGUGGAGUAUGGAAUCAAAGCCAACGGCCAGGAAGUCGUCCUGCAGCUACAAAAAAAUAAGGAUCUUUUAGGUCGAGAUUACACCGAAACUGUUUAUUCGGAUGACGGUCGACAAAUAACAAGAACUCCUCAGAUCAAGGAUCACUGUUUUUAUGAAGGCCACGUUCAGGAUGAUGCUGAGUCCACAGUGAGCAUCAGCACCUGCCAAGGGCUCAGUGGCUAUUUCGAGACCCGUGGCCAGAGGUACCUCAUUGAGCCCCUGGGGGGCUGGGAGGGAGCAGAACACGCCGUCUAUAAAUACGAGGCACUGCAACAAGAGCCCAUCAAAACCUGUGGCCUCGCCAACAACACCUGGGAACAGGAUUCCGACGACCCCACCAACGACAUCUUCAAAUCCAGCAACAGCCCCGAGAUGAAAGAGUACCUGAAAGCCAAAAAAUACCUGGAGCUCUACAUAGUUGCAGACAACACUCUGUACCAGAACCACGACAAAGAUGUCAAAGCCAUCAGACAGAGGGUGUUUGGAAUCGUCAACUACGUCAACACGGUUUACAAGGCCAGAUGUCCGUGCAGGGGCCUCAACUUCGAGGGGACCACGAUUGGCUUGGCCUUCCUCAAGUCCAUCUGCAGUAACUUAUAUUCUGCAGGGGUCAUUCAGGACCACAGCAGGAACGCCGUGGCCGUGGGAGCCACCCUGGCCCACGAGCUGGGGCACAACCUGGGCAUGAGCCACGACAGCCGGGCCUGCUCGUGCGCGGACAGCGUCUGCAUCAUGACCGACACCGUCAGCCCGGGGCAGGGGGUGGUGGCAGGUCCCAGAGCUCUGGUUGUUGUUCUGUCCCAGGAGUGCACCAACGACUGCUGUGACCCCGAGACCUGCAAGCUGACCUCGGGCUCUGUCUGUGCCCACGGGGAGUGCUGUGAGAACUGCCAGUUUAAGAAGUCAGGAGCAGUUUGCAGGGCAGUGAAGGACGACUGUGACCUGGCCGAGAUGUGCUCCGGGAACUCUGCCAGCUGCCCCACGGAUCGAUUCCGGGUCAACGGGCACCCCUGCAACUUCGGAGAGGGGUAUUGUUACAUGGGCAAGUGCCCCAGCAGGGACAGCCAGUGCAAGGCUGCCUUUGGACCACAGGCGACGGACGGUCCCGCCUCCUGUUACCGCCUGAACGAGCGGGGCGCGUACUACGGGUACUGCAGGAAGGAGCAGGGCACCCACCUCCCCUGCAAGGCAAAAGACACACUGUGUGGGAAGCUGUUCUGCUCCGGAGGGAGGGAGAUGCCCCGGGAGGGGAGCCUGGUGACUGUUAAUUCCUGCAAAGCAAGUUUUCCUAAAAAUGGAGAUGAUGAGGACCCGGGGAUGAUUCUCGAUGGAACCAAGUGCGGGAAUGGGAUGGUGUGCAGCAACGGAGAGUGUGUCUAUACUGAGGAGGCCUUUAGAUCAACCAACUGCUCUGCCAAGUGUUCUGGACACGCUGUGUGUGACCACGAGCUGCAGUGCCAGUGUGAGGAAGGAUGGGGACCACCCACCUGUGACAGCUCCUCAGCCUUCACCAGCAUUGCCAUCGUGGUUGGGGUGCUGGCUGUCCUGGCUGUCACAGCCACUGCAGCAGUGCUGCUCAUCCGCUUCCGAGUGGCCAAGGAGAGCCACCAGAACAGGAGUGGACCUGGAGCCACCAACCAAGUGUUUGUGGAUCAAGAGGAGAGGUGCAGAGAACCCCCAGGCCUGGCAGUGCCUGCCCAGAAGGUGGAUGGGAAGAAACUCCUGCUCCCUGUGCCUCCACCUCAGGAGAACAAACCCAAGCUCCAGAGUCCUGCCUUGAGGCCUAAAGGUCCCCCACCUCCUGUUCCUUCCACCAAAGCAGCCUCAUCUCACCCAGAGAAGUUUGCACCAGAGAGGAAACCUCCUCAUCUCCCAGUCCCCAAAGGCAAACCUCCAGCACAGGCUUUAAAACCCCCAAUGAAUCCCCGAGUCUGAAGUUUCUGACACGGGGCUGGAUGGAGACGUUUUCAGGGACAAUUUGCUUGCCCCUCCAUUCCUCCACUUUUGGCAAAGGCAUCCAGGAUCAUCUUCCUCUUCUCCUUCCAACAAGAACAACGGACUGGUGGCUGCUUGGGAAGAAAAGGGUUGCACUCUGAGCAGUGAGGAACAUUCUGGUGAUGACACAGAGCUUCUGCCCAAGAGGAAACGAAGCAGAGUCACUCUUUGCACUGAGGUGUAGACUGGGAGUAAGUCCCCAAAGCUGCUGAACACAUCCCAGCUCCUGGGCCAGCACCCAAGGAGUGGCUGCACCCAAACUGCUCCUCUGGGCACAGACCCCAGGGGGUGAGGGAAUGUGAACUGUUACCUUGGUUUGGCUCCAUUUUGGGAUCUCUGCCAGCCCCUCUCCCUCCUCCACAACGCACCAGACCUUCUUCACACGUCAUCCUAAACUGCACAAGACACUCCUCAUCUGUGCCAAGGAAUCCUCUCAGCCCUCACAUGUCCCUGUCAGCAGCAAAAGCACAUGGAGUUCAAAGCAACAGGGAUUUGGGGAGUAAAUCAGUGCAAAGGAAGAACAAAUCUGAAGAACAAAUUUGCUCCUCCCGGUGUCUGGGAUGGUCCCUGCACUGCAGAAGUGUGAGUUCUGGAGAAAGACAAACCCUCCCUGCCCUUUGGGGAGGAGUUGGUGCCCUCGGGGUCUGAACUAGGCGUGACCUGCGUGAGGUGACACACUGGAAACGGGUCUGGAAUGAUCCUUUGGGAUGGGAUUCUCUCAGUAACCCUUACAUUCCCUGUUAAACAAGAUCCCCGUGGUGAGGAGGGAGCGCUGGAGAGACUCAGGAGCUCCAAGUGCUGCUCCAAGCGCUGCAGAGCUCCGGCUGUGCCAGUUCAUGGAGCUCCAGCUGCUCCACUGCCCUGGGACAGGGACACCCAGCAAAGCAGCCCCACCAAACCCCUCCUUCAGUCCUUUCCCUGGCCCCUCAGCUCCACGACCAUCCAAGGAUUCCUCCCUUCCAGGACACCCCCACCCUCCCUUUGGUGCUCCUGUCUCCGCGAGCUCCCCCCGGGGGGUUGUUGUGGGGUCACUCCUGGGAACCAGGGGUCGUUUUUGUGGGAUGAGUUUUCCCACUCUGCUUCAUUCCCGAGGGUCCCUCAUCCCCCCUGCCCUGUUGGCAUCACUCUGGGCACGUUGCCCAGCUGGGCUGGCUCUGUUGGCACUGGUGUUAAUGGUGCUGGGAGCUGCUGUUGCCUCUGGCACUGGGAGCACUGGGAGCAUCCCCGUGCUCGGCAUCCAGGGUGGGAAGGUCAAGCUCCCACAAGUUGUUUUUUCAAGAGCAAAAAUUCUACCAGGGGAGAAGAAGAAAAAAAAAAAAGAGAGAGAGAUAAAAAAUAAGGAAAAAUAAAAGUGGGAGAAAGGAACUUGCUCUGGAUUCAAAGUACUCAAGAUUUUAUGGAGUUUCCAGUGAGAACUGGGUUUAGGUUUGGAGCAGGAUCAGAGUCAGAACAUGGAUCCAGCUGAUGACACUGUGACUCAGGAAGGUUGUUUCCAGCCCUUGGGCACAGUGGCUUCUCUGGAGAAGCCAAAUUCCCAAAUUUCUGCUGUUUCCAGUGACCCUCCCUGAGCUCUCACACUUCAGACCCACCCUCCCUGAUCCAGAAUUCCAGAUAAAACUCCAGUUUCUCCUCUUGGGCUGGGCUUUGUCUGAGGUUCCCAACCCCUGCAGAACACGGGUGUGCUGGAAUUCCAGUCUGGUUUGAGGAGGGAGGGGGGAUUUUGGAUUAGGAUAAACGUUACUGGAAGAGCAGAGCUUUCUUCUGCUUUGGAUUAUUGCUGCUUUAUUUGAGUCAGGCACGGAUUUGAACCCAUAUCUGUGUUUGACUGCGGUGUAAAGACUCAGAACUUAUUUUUUAUGAGCUGUAAUUAAUGUAUAUACAAAGAUUUCUGUAUUAAAGUGUUCUC